UAAGCAUGAUGUGUCUCAUUACAUAGACCAAACAAAAAAUACAAAGCAAAACACGCCCACAUUGUUUGCAAGUCUGUACUCCGCUGUAGGAAGCAUCGGAAGGAAGGAAGGCAGGCGAAGGAGCCCAAGAAGCGUGACGUCCAGGGUUCGAGCUUCGCGGCGCUUCAUAAAUACCCAUCUCUGCGUACGUUGUCUAUGGGAAAUUAAAUGCCGCUGGCCGCCUUCAGGCAAACUUUGAAAAAAUAAAAAUAAACUUUUAAGAUUGCAACGGUAGGAUCUGUUGUGGUCUGAGAAAUCAUCAGCAUAAGAGGAAGUUUUCUGUUACAUCUUUUGUAUUUAUUUCUGUGCUGCAGUUGUUUGAAAGUGUUGAGAAAAGAAUGGGAGGGGUUUCUGCACCGUGUCCACAGAGGAGGCCUGCAGUGCCUGAAGGGGUUAGACAUUUUUCGAGAGAUUUUAUGGGCAUUACUGUGCAGGACUCUUUCAAGGGAGACCCUGAUAUAAAGCACAGGUGCUGGAUCUUAUCACAGAGGUUUUUUAGGCCUCUUGUGUACGCGGCAGCAUCUAUGAUUAUUGUAACCCUGCUUUUGAUCCAUGGCUCUGGGUUGGUUCUAUUCAGAGCCAAUAACCUGGGGAGGCAGUGCUUUGAAAACCCAAUUAAGAAUAGGGAUAGUUUGAGGAAAUAUAAUAUUGCAAUGGUGACCGCCUCGGAUGAGUCUGGCAGUAAUCCUUCAAGGUCUUUUCAGGGUCUGAUGAAAUUGGUGGAGCCGAAUAAGAAGAGCUAUGCAGAGAGACAUGGAUAUGAGUUUAUUGAUGCCAGUGAUGUUGUUGACAAGAACAGGCCCCCUAGUUGGAGUAAGAUCUUGGCGGUCAGGAAUAAUCUGCCCAAUUAUGAUUGGAUCUUCUGGAAUGAUGCGGAUUCCUUGGUGACUAAUCCAAACAUAUCCCUUGAAGAUGUAUUGUAUUCAAUUACGGGAGAUAUGGACUACGAAAAGAUGCCUGAUUUUAUUGUGACAGAGGAUGUGACAGGUGUCAAUGCAGGGAUGUUCUUUUUUCGCAACUCUGAGUGGAGUAGAAUGUUUUUGGAUCGCUGGUGGAAUCAAACUAGCUUCAUUCGUCCACUUGGACAAUCUAAAAGUGGUGACAAUGAUGCCUUGAAGCAUUUAAUUAGGACGAUGGAUCCAGAUGAGAAAAGACAUGUUCGUAUUCCACGGAUGCAGUGUGUAUUCAAUUCAAACAUGUGGUCUCCUUCAUGGAAGAGCAGCCAUCGACUGAUGACAUUAACGAAAACUGUUUGGCGAGGUGUUUAUGCUAAAGGAGACUUUAUGGUACAUUUAGCGGGACUCAAUGAUAAAAAAAAGUGGGUUACAAAGAUUCUGCAUCAAAUUGAAGAGGAGGAGGGCAUGUUCAAGGAUAGAAUUUUCAGAGAUUUAAACAUGAUUCGGUUUUAAGACGUUUUCAUUUAGAAGCUUUAAUCUAUUCUUUCAUGGGUAGUCCAAAUGCAUUCAUUGAUUCUUUUGCCAGUGGAGUGGUGCUCGUAGCGGCAAUGAUCUGCUCAAUUCGUGAAUGGUAAAUUUCAGCUGUGGAUUUUCCUUAUGAUUUAGUUAAGCACAGAUUAAGUAGUUUCAGAAAGAUAACUUCAUUUGCAUGAUUGUGAGAGGUCAAAAUUUUCAUUAUCAUGUUUUGGGGUUGUGUCUCUGAUAUUUGUACUUCCUAAAAUGUUUGCACAGGAAUUUGUUUUCAGUACGAGUUUCAUGUUGGUUGCUGGACGAGCCACAGCAAUUUUUUGCUCUCUUGGCAUUGUAUAUGUAUUAUUGCUAUAACCAUUUUCUGUUUUGUAUAUUAUAUUCUUUUGGCUUAGCCUGAGAAAUGAGGACAACUUUUGAUUUGAUGUCUGUAAAUUGCAAAAGUUCACAGUUGUAGAAAUUUGCGAACAAUAUUCUGAUUUGUAUUCUCAUUUUCUUUUCUGAUGUAAGACUACUUCAGAGGCUGAUGUUCAAUCGCCUUUGUUCAAAUUUGCAAAUUUUGUCCUGGAAACUCAUUAACUCUUA